UGAACCCCGUGCUACUAGGAUGAGCCUUCAAUUAGCUGACCGAUCUACCGUGCAUCCUAGGGGCAUAGUGGAAGACCUUCUGGUUAAGGUUGGCAAAUUCAAUUAUCCUGUUGAUUUUGUGAUUUUGGACAUAAAUGAGGAUGUGGAUGUGCCAUUGAUACUGGGAAGGCCUUUCCUGGCCACCGCCAAGGCCCUCAUAGAUGUGCAUGAUGGGACCUUAGUUUUGAGGGAUGGUGAGGAGCGAAUAACAUUUUCAAUUACUAAUACUCUCCCUGCUUCUUCGCCUUUGCAUGCUGUAUCUCACCAGGAGCACGAGUCUGUCGUGUAUCCUUCUGUGUUGCCUAUUUUGCAGGAUCUGCCUCCCAUACCUUCGCCGCCACUCCCGUCCACUCCGUCAUCGAAGGAACAAAUAAGGGAGGAGUGGCGGCCGAAACAGCAGGCAGCUAAGCCUGCUCGAAAGAAAGCCGGAGACCACUAUGAGCUGGUCCCGCCCCCACCUUGGCCAUCCGAGUAUUCACUCGCUUGCAUCCUACCGGAUGGCCAAGUUGAGUUGGCAAAUGCUGGUGGCCACAUUCGGCGUGUGCAUGGCCACCAUUUGAAGCUGUACCUCAAGAGCGAGGUGGAUCCGCUCUUGAAGACACCUGCUCCUUCACCUCAUUGAGCAUCCACCAACUGGCGUCCAGCUAAAAGACGGUAAAGAAGCACUUGUGGGGAGGCAACCCCACCUAGGUUUGCAUUUUCUUACCUUUUUCCUUUUGAUUUUUUGUGUUUUUUGAGUCUUGAGGGGUUGUUCACGAGUUGUAUGUCAUUCUGGAGUGAAAACAGGUCAAUUUCGAAGUUCUGGAAGCUCACACGGCCAGCCUUGAAUGUCACACGGCCGUGUGGAAAAUAGGUUAGGCCGUGUGAGCUCUCGCAGAAUUCCACACGGCCAGAUGAGAUGGUGACACGGCCGUGUGGAAAUUUGCCCUGGCCGUGUUUGCUCUCACAUAAUUUGGCACGGGCAAAUGUUCACUCGGCACGGCCGAGUGAAAUUCCUCGGCCAGACCGUGUCGGCCGACACGGGCAAAAGUUCUCUUGACACGGCCGUGUGAGCCAGGCCGUGUGGCCGAGACUCGGCCUAUAAAUUCGGCCGACACGG